CAAAAUGAAUGUAAUUUUAAUCAUUUUAAUUCAUAUUCCGGCCAGAAUGGAUGUGCGUCGUUAGUGCGCCAGGAACUUUGGCGUUAUAAGAAAAAGGCCGGCAUGGCCGCUUUCAGGUUCCUCUCUGGUUCCUCUCUGGCGAUGAUCUAGGAGUACAGAAAUGACAAUCCGCAAAGCGAUUCUUUCGCGUAUCGUCGUUGCGCUGCUCCUAUGUACGCAGAACGUACAGGUUUGCUCGGGAAUCGAAGCCGAGAUCGACCUCGACGUGGAAGGAAAUGGAUUUCAUAGAACGUUGAUCUAUCGUGUACACUUCAAGAAUCUUACUCAGGACAACUGUCAAGCUGCCAUUUACAUAGAACUGCCAUCAGCAUUGUACGUCAAUAUUGAUGAAAUAGCAGAGCUGAGAAGACGAGGAACGAACACAGUAUGCUCCGUCGGCGAGACCGACGUCGAGUUGUUUGCAGAGAAAGCUGGUCAGCAGAACGUGACGACUUGCGCAUCAGUAAGUUCAUCGUCUUCAUCCAGUUUAAUAAUUCCCGUUCAUCAGCGUUACCGAUACGCGCGCGAGACCGGCGGUUACGUCAACGUGACCCUGCCCAUGGUGAGGCUGCUGCUGGGUUGCCAGCAGAGGAUCAGGGACCACAGGGUGUCCAAGAUAGACCUGUGCGAACCGUGCGUCAGCCUGAUGGUCAAGUGGCGCGAAAUUCCGUAUCGUAUGUCGAACAAUCGCGAGCACGUUUGGCCGAUACCGGUCGGUGACUCAUCUCUCUCGCUUUUUGUCACUUGCGCCACGUUACUGACGACGAUUGUCGGCGGAUUAUUCAUCGGGCAUGCCAUUUGGACCCACCCGUCGCAGAGUCACCCGAAAGAAGACUGAGGUAGCUAAGAUUUUAAAAUAUAUAGGCAGUUUUUUGUACAAUUAUAUUAAAUUUUUAUUGAUGGAUUAUUUUAGACAGAUUUAAUAUAACGAUUUCUCUUGUAUAAGACAUACGAUUAAGCCGACUAUAUUUAACACAUCUUUCUAUUUGAAUAAGAUUAAGAGAUCUUAUUACAUGAAGUGUGAAUUUAUUUAAAUUAAGCGAAUUUAUCUAAAUUCUAAGCUAAUUUUAUUGCGAGUUGCGACCACGCAUGAGAGUCUAAAAUGAAAUUAAUUACAGGACGAGAUUGAUUUCUUCGCUUACAUUCUUGAAGCGAAAUUAAAUAAAAGCCAUUCCGAUACGUCCUAUGUACACAUUCGGCUUGAAUUUUAUACAUAUUCGAGCGAUAUUUACAGCUUCUAGUCAAACAUUUUAAUAUGUAUUUUGUACAUGCUUCUGAGAUAACGUUAAUUGUUCUAAGUCAUUCAGAAGGUUACCACGCAAAUCACACAUCCACACAUUAAACAAAUAAUGUGAAAAAUAAAAUAUAAAAAAAAAG